AUGGAUAUAGUUACAGAAGUUCUAAAUUAUAUAAAUAAAUGUCGCCUUCCUAAGCUUCGUCGUAAUUUAGAAGAAUGCGACAGUCAUCCCGAAUUUGAGCUAUGGGAAAAAAACUUGACGAUAAGUUUUACAGAGUUGAGUGAUUUAUUACCUAGUUUGAAUUUGUAUGAAAAAACCAAUAACUCCACUGUGAUCGCUUCUUUGAUGAUUUUGUAUUAUGAGUUACGCAGUGAUCGAUGGCAAUCUGUUAAAGUUAAAGAUUGUUUGAAAUUAUUAAAUCUCCAAUUUAAUUUAUUAUAUGAUAUAUCACUGGAGACAUUGCUUACUUACGAAAAUAAUAAAAUAUUCAAUACACAAGAAGUUUUUGAUAAAACUAUUGAACUGUUACAUAUACAAUUGACUGUUGAGGAUUUCAAAAAAUAUCCAGUUCUAAUUGAUGUAUAUCAGGGUAUUAUUAAAAAUUUGAAGGAAUAUCCAGUGACUCUGAAACCAACUUCAUUAUUGCCAAUAUCACUGAUUUUGAUAGAUGAUUUUGUGGUUGAAAACAAAAUUAAAGGUUUACAAUGCUGUUCUUCAAUUUUGGAAUGUCUGACACCAGAACAUUUUCAAGUCGGAAAUUAUUAUGAAGUUAUUAAUGGUGUAUUAGAGAAAUCAAUCACAGAAAAGGAUGUUAAAGUAUUGGAAUUAGUGCUCGAUUGCUUUUUAAAGCUCUUUAAAAGUAUACCCUCAAAUGCUAAGCUUAUUAUGAUUGAUGACAAAAUUCAUAUAAUUUUGGAACAAUUAUAUAUAGAAACAAAUUUAUAUAAAAAGAAAUCAUUAUUCUGCUUUAUUAAUAAGUUGAUACCAAUGCAUGGUGUUAACUGUGUUAAAGAGAAAAGAAUGUUUUUAAUUGUAAUAUGUGAUAAUUUAGAUAUUAGUAGCAAUCCUUCUGUUGGUGAAAUAUUACUGGAAGAUGUUGUAGAGUGUCUCGAAAAUUGGAUCAGUUAUUGCUGGUGUGUUUGGAGAUUACACCCAAAAAUGAGAUUAUUAUCAUUGUUGAUUAGAAACAUGUACAUUUACUGUGAACAAGAAAAAAUUUCUACAAGACUACAAAAUAUUCUCAUUACACUUUUUAAACUUUGUACUGUGGAUGAACAUAAACAAAUUCAUGAUUAUUUAAUAAAUCAAAUCCGUGACAAUAAAUUUAAAGAAUGUUUUCUUAUGAAAUUAGAUAUAAUGAAAAAUGAGUUGAAUACUGCUAGUGAUAUAAAUUAA